AAUGGAAAGAGAAGAAUGGGUCGUACCCGCCUUCCUCAUUCUGAUUAGGCACGUCUCUGAGAUGGUCACAGUACAACGAAGCCGCCUGAUUUGGCAAGGUCAGUUGGGCAACAUCCAUUUGAACAGAUUCCUGUACCGCAUUCUACCAAUGAACAACCGAGAGUUCUUUUCGCCACAUACAAACAAAGCAAACCAGCAAAGACACUGAUGCAAUCAUUUAAAGGACUGUUUCUCUGGACUGCAACAGGACAAAAUGGCCGGUCUAACUCAUCAGUUCUUGUCAGUUACAGUUGUUCUUGGUGCUGUUCAACUCAUCAACGGUUACAGCUUUAACAACUGCAUUUUAGACGUGAACUCAAAUAGAACACAUUUCAACUGCAUCAACCUAAAGGAUAAGAACAUGACUGCCAUUAUACAUGACCUGCCGCGAUCCGUCACCAGUCUCACCAUCUCCAAAAAUCAAGUGUGGCACAUUCCCAACAACAGCUUCGCUCAUCUACCAUGGAUGCAGAACCUCAGAUUAGAUCAUAACCGCCUGAGGAUCAUCGAUCAACUUGCGUUCCAAAACUUGCAUCAACUUCAGUCUUUAAAUUUGUCUUUCAACAACAUAUCAGUGCUCCACCCUUCACUGUUUGUGGACCUUCACAACCUCACCUUUCUCUCGCUGACAAACAAUACCUUAAAGCAGCUUCCUGGGGGAAUCUUCUCUGCCACUCUCAAUCUAAACACUUUAAACAUGAGUCAAAACCUUCUGACAAAUUUUUCUGGGAUCACAGAGUCUCUGUCACAUCUAAGAAAUCUGAAGAAACUAGACCUUUGCUUUAACAGUUUGACCUCCCUCAGCUCAAAUGUAUCACUUCCCACAUCCCUCACUGCUAUAUAUCUGUGCAGAAAUAAUCUGUCUACGUUAGGAUGUGAACAUUCCUUUCUUGGGCUGAUUGAAGUCUUAGAUUUGUCAUACAAUUCUAGGCUCCCAACGAUGGCUUUUGAAGGAGUGGAUUUGGGACGUAUAAACUAUCUGCGUUUGCGCUCAACAAGUGUCAAGGUAGUGGCGUUUUUAAACAUCAGCAACAUCAAUGCAGGUAGUGUUGAUUUCUCUGGUACAGGUUUAAAAAAUGACAGGUUGCUCAUUGAGCUAUGCAGAUUGUUAAAAACAAAGGUGAAAUGGAUAAAAAAUUUGCAUCUGGGUAUUAAUGGGAUUAAGAAUCUUACAACCGACACACUGAACUAUUGUCCUAACAUCACAGGGUAUCUGGAUCUAUCCCACAAUGAACUGAAGUUCACAAAUUGUCUUCACUUCCUCAAAAGACAGACUUAUAUAAAGGGCUUCAAUGCGGAGCAUAACCAUCUCACCACCCUCCAAUCCUGUAAAACACAAACACAAAAUACUGCUUUCAAAUAUCUGGAAGAGCUGACCUAUCGUUACAACCGCAUCCUCUCGGUGAGUUCUCAUGCUUUCUAUCAUAUGCAGAACAUCAAGACGCUACAGCUUAACAUAAACACAAUUGCUUUUCUCCACCAUGAAGCUCUGAAAGGGCUAACAAAGCUUGAGACACUACGUUUGGACAACAACCUCCUAACUGAUUUGUUCAAUGACACCUUUGAAGAUAAUGUCAAAUUGCAAACCCUUAACCUACGCAACAAUCGUAUUGCUGUCAUCUUCAAUGGGACCUUCCACAGGCUCGGAAAGCUGAUUACUUUGGACCUUGGAGGUAAUAAGAUCACUCAUUUUCAGCCAUCAGGUCUUGAUGGACUUAAAAGACUGUCCAAAUUCUAUCUAGAUGGAAACAACCUCAAACAGAUCGACAGUUCCCUCUAUCGUGUCUUUCAGGGUACACUCACAGUGCUGGAUCUACAAAGUAAUAUGAUUCGCUUUUUCAAUGGGACUGAGAUUAUGUCACCAUUCCAAAAUCUCAGCGCACUCAGGGAUCUGAAAUUGGAUGGGCAACGGCCUCAUGGCCUGACUCUUUUACCCCGCGCUUUUUUCCGUGGCCUCCACUCGUUGAAAUCUCUGUAUCUCACCCAAAAUAAUCUCAUUGCUCUUGCCGCUGAUGCAUUUGAUGAUCUGACAGGCUUGCGUUUCCUCACACUGGAUAGUUGCUGUGUUGGGGUGACAAAACUGCAACCAGGGGUCUUUAAAAAUCUUAGAAAUUUGACCAUAUUGAUUGUAGAAAACAUGGGCAUUCAGAACUUCUCCAAGGAGGUUUUUGGGAAUCUUACACGAUUAAGCGUGUUGCACCUGAACCGCAAUAUAAUGCAGAGCAUCAAUGUAGAUGCACUACAAAAUCUGACGAAACUCCAAUACCUUGACAUCCGUGGAAUUCCUUUAACCUGCACCUGCCAGAACAGCUUGCUGCAAAACUGGACACGAAACAACCCAAAAGUCCAGGUAGUCCUUCUCUACAAUGUGCCAUGCCAACAUGAUGCAAAAUUCAAAUUCUACAACUUUGAUUCCAAAGUUUGUUACAUAGAUCUCGGGAAGUACUUGUUCUUGAGCACAGCGGUUGUGAUCUUCCUGUUCACACUCUCUCCUAUACUUUAUGUGAAACUCUACUGGAAAAUGAAGUACAGCUACUAUGUUUUUCGUUCCUGGUUUGGCGAGAAGUGGCGCAGACUCAGAGAGGAGGAAGAAAACUGCGAAUACGAUGCAUUUAUUUCCUAUAAUUCCUUUGAUGAACAAUGGGUCAUGGAGCAGUUGAUACCCAACCUGGAGGGAAAUGGAUCAUCUUUUAAACUUUGCCUACACCACAGGGACUUUGAACUGGGCCGCAAUAUUGUGGACAACAUCGUCUCUGCUGUAUACAGCAGCCGCAAAACUAUUUGUGUGGUAAGCAGGAAUUUCCUACAAAGUGAGUGGUGUUCUCUGGAAAUCCAGCUCGCCAGCUACCGACUCUUCGAUGAGCACCGAGAUGUUCUUCUGCUCGUGUUUCUGGAGCCGAUCUCCGAAAGGCAGCUGUCAUCCUAUCACCGCAUGAGGAAAGUCAUGUUGAAAAAGACCUAUCUGCAGUGGCCUGGCUCAGACUGCACCAACCCAAUGCAGGCCCAAGACCUGUUCUGGAAUCACCUACGCAGGGCAAUGACAACGGGGAGCAGACUCAAAACAGAAGAAAGCCUCAAAUGUGAUGUUUGUGUUCCUGCUGAAAGUGAAGAAACCAAACAUUUUGAGACAUCAGAUGAAAACGAUUACUUGCUGCAAAAAGAAAAUUGAGAAUUGUAUUUGUAAUUUAGUUAAGAUUAACACUUUGGAUUGUUAAAUCAAUAAUUGAAAUCAUGCUUUGGGAGAGGGUCAUGAAAAUACGGUGUGAAUGUACAGUUUGAUGCAUUGUAGGUAAUAAUGUAAGUAAUUAUUGUCAUAAUUCAUAUGAGCAUGAUUAGCUGUAUCAU